AUGUGUUCAAAGGAGUUAUUCCUGUUUGUUUGUUUAGUUGGUCUGCUCGGUGGCCUCAGACUAACCUCAACAACGACAACCACCACAUUUGUAGCUGCGAUGUCAAUUGGCAAUCAGGACAUAGAACGCUAUUUUCGUUCAGUGAAUGCUUCACAGUCAUUAGCCGUGAUGACCGAAGAUCGCAUUGCUAUGGAUACAUAUACAUUUGCCUUCAUCAAUUACACCUAUUACGGCGAUGAUCACAUUAAGCACGAGGUGCAAUAUGCAGAAGAGAAGGCACGUUAUGGUGAGGGUAGAAUUCUGUCUGUCAAAGGUAAAUUAGUGCACGUUACCGAUGCGAAUGAUUUCACUGAUGACUAUGCAUGCUCACCAAAUAUUUUGGGCACACUCGGUAAUCCAACACCAUCGUCUGGUGUGUCAUGGAUUGCUUUAGUGCGUCGCGGUCGUUGUACUUUCGAGGAGAAGGUGAAGAAUGUGCACUACAAGGGCGCAGCAGGCGUUAUUGUGUACAAUGAUAAGACAGUUCCAAACCUGGAAAAAAUGCAAAUAAAGGGCAAAACUC